GGAUGAGAGAUGUGAAGUAUUUUUCACUAGGUAUAUGUAUACUUGUUUUGACUUUUUCAAGGAUUUUGCCAUUUCGUCUGCCAAACAAUUUCACAUUGAAGAGCACCGUCGAAUUCUCAAAUUUAUGCAAAUAAGUGUUCAAGAUGGAAAAAAAAUCUAAAAAUCCUUGGUACAGUUUAUCCACCGUUACUACUUUUGACAAAGGAACUGGUGCUUUUCAAACAAGAUAUUUUGAUAAGAAUAGGAAAGAAAAAAAUAUCAACAAAGUCAUUAAAAAAUGUUCUCCGAGUGUCUUAAUUACUUCACUACUGAAUUACAUAUGCUACUUAAGCGAAAAGGACCCAGAGCAAAAACAAAAUUUAUAUUCUUUAUUAUGUAAUGUUAUGCAGAAAAUGGAUCUUAUAGAUUCUUCUCAUAAAAUAAAACCAGUUAAACUUGCUGAUGGGAAAUACAUGGAUGCUGUAUAUCAAUUAAUCAACGUAGCUAGAUCAGUCAUUGGGAAUGAUAAGGCAAUAUCCAUACCGAGACCUGUUUGGUCAUACAUUUCCUUAUACCAGGAUCAGUUUAUAGAAACCGGGUUUAUAGCAGGUGGUGGUUUUGGCAGUGUUUUUAAGGCUAAGCACAAACUUGACGAGGUCGAGUAUGCAAUAAAGAAAAUUAUUGUCAAACCUGGGAAAAUCAAAACUAUUAUUCAUUAUUUGGAAGAAGUUAAAACACUUGCCAAAUUAAAUCAUUCAAAUAUUGUAUCCUACAAACAAGCGUGGAUAGAACCUUAUACCGCACCCUGCCUUCCACAACUGACACCUCUGAUAGAUUUGAGAAAUGAUGAAAGUGUAGAUAUUGAAAGUUGCACAAAGUCUUGUAGAAUUUUCAGUGGAAGUCAACGCUUGCGUUGUAGCUACGAAGUCGAUGAAUCUUGUUCAGACAGUAUUUCGUUUAGAGGAGAAAAUAGUAAUCCAUGUAGUAUUAGUAUUGAAAGUGAUACUGACAACAAUGCUGGUGAAGAUAAUUUAAAAAGUGAAAAAAUUAGUGACACUCGUUCAAAUCUCAGUUCGUUUGAAGAGAAAAAAGAGGAAGAAGCACGUAACGUUGAAAGUGAUAUUAAUAAUAAAAUUAAUACCGGUUCUGGAAUCAGCACAGAAGAAAGCAGUGAUGAAUCUCUUGAAAACAUCAAAAUUUGUCAAUACUCUAGAGAAAAAAAGCUGUACACAAUAUUGUAUAUUCAAAUGGCAUUAUGUGAAAAAACAUUGCGCCACUGGUUAGAUGACAGAACUGAACCUACUCCGGUGUCUGUAAUGGCUGACAUAGCAACACAAAUACUUUGUGGCCUGAAUUACAUACAUUCUCUAAACAUUGUGCAUCACGACAUAAAGCCAAGUAACAUAUUCAUUUCAACAUCAGGAAAACUACGAAUACAACUUGGAGACUUUGGUUUGGCUUGUCCUUUGCAAAAAGAAAGUCAUAAUUCUAUUGUUGGAACUUGUAUGUAUGCAGCACCCGAGCAAUUAAAUGGAGAAUGCAAUCCAAUGAGUGACGUUUACAGUUUGGGUAUUGUCUUUUUGGAACUAUUAGUUCCUAUGAAAACAGUCAGUGAAUGUGUUGAAAUGAUUAAUCAUUUAAAAUCAAAUCAAAUACCAUCAAGUUUAGCUUCCUCGCAUCAAAAAUGGAUCAAUACAAUUAAAAAAUUGUUAAAUCACAACCCAGCACAACGGCCUUCAUCGAGCGAACUUCUGGAAGACUUACGAAUAGAUAAAGACUUGACAAUAUCAAAAUUGGAACAUGAAAACAGUAGGCUAAGACAUGAAAACGAAAAAAAAGAUCAAACCAUAAGCGAGUUGCAAAAUUUUAUUAAAAAUUUGCAGGAUCAACUAAAGAAUCUGCAAGAAGGAAAUCUGAAAUAGGCUCAAUUCAUGACAUUUUGUACAAAGCGUUGUAAAUAUUUAAC